AUGGCUCAAAUUCCCAUUUCACGCACAUCUCGCCUGCUGAAAUGUUAUGGUGCGGAGGUCCAUCAGCUAAACAAGGCUCGCAAAGAGCUUAGAGAAGCGAGGAACAAAAUGGAGAUCUGUAACGCAAAACUAAACAAGGUGCGUAAAGAGCAUAGACAAGCGAGGAACAAGAUGGAGAUCUGUGAUGCAAAAGUUUGGGAGAUUGGUGAAGAACUUCAAGCAAUAGAGCUAAACAAGGCUCGUAAAGAGCUUAGAGAAGCGUGGAACAAGAUGGAGAUCUGUGAUGCAAAAGUUUGGGAGAUUGGUGAAGAAUUUCAGGCAAUAGAGCUAAACAAGGCUUGUGAAGAGAUUAGAGAUGCGAGGAACAAGAUGGAGAUCCGUGAUGCAAAAGUUUGGGAGAUCGGUGAAGACCUAAAGGAAAUAGAGGUCAUUUCCAUUGGCACCGAAAAAGAGAUGAAAUUCUCAAAAAUAAGAAGCAUUCAUAAGGAAGAUAAAAAUUCUGCGAUGUCGCCCAAAGAUCAAGAAUUUGAUGAUCAAAUUGGCAAAUGA